GAAGAUUUACAUGGACUACAACGCGACCACGCCCCUGGAGCCGGCAGUCAUCCAGGCGGUGGAGGAGGCCAUGCAGGACGCCUGGGGCAAUCCCAGCAGCUCCUACCCCGCAGCUCCCAUUUGUAAACUGAGCCUCGCGCUCCAUCUUUGACCUGCCCCCUGCACCCUCAUCCGCAUGCAGUGUUUCACAGAGUGAUCGUAGGAACAGGCGGUGUAGCUGGCCCUGCCGGGCCUCGCAGUUUGCAAAGGAAGUCGCUUCAGCUGCCUGCAUCGCACGCGGCUUUGGCCUGCUUGAUCUUAAGCAAAUUAUUCCACCCUUUCAUUCUCCCGUCUUGAUGGACGGGAAGCGAGGCAGAUGGCCAGAGCUCCCUCUCCUAGCAUGCGGUCGGAAGGCCAAGGACAUUAUAAACGCAGCGCGGGAAAACGUGGCGAAGAUGAUAGGUGCGAACCCUCGAGACAUAGUCUUCACCUCCGGGGGGACUGAGUCAAACAACUUAGUGAUCCAUUCUGCGAUGAAAACCUUCCACGAAAACAAAGCCUCCGGAGGGGGCGCGCUGGAGCACCCCAGCCCGGUAGAGGGGGCCACGCCCCACUUCGUCACGAGCACAGUGGAGCACGACUCCAUCUCUCUGCCCCUGCAGCACCUGGCAAAGGAGCAAGUGGCCGCGGUCACCUUUGUCCCAGUGUCCAAGGUGAGCGGGCAGGUGGAGGUAGACGACGUCCUGGCCGCAGUCCGUCCCACCACGUGCCUGGUGACCAUCAUGCUGGCCAACAACGAGACUGGCAUCAUCAUGCCUGUCCCCGAAAUCAGCCAGCGCAUCGCAGCCCUGAACCAGAAGCGGGCAGUGUCCGGGCUGCCCCGCGUCCUGCUGCACACGGACGCCGCGCAGGCGUUGGGGAAGAGGCGCGUGGAUGUGGAGGACCUGGGUGUGGACUUCCUGACCAUCGUGGGGCACAAGUUCUACGGCCCCAGGAUCGGCGCGCUUUAUGUCCGCGGGCUUGGUGACCUCACCCCUCUGUACCCCAUGCUGUUUGGAGGUGGACAAGAGCGGAAUUUCAGGCCAGGGACGGAGAACACCCCGAUGAUUGCCGGCCUCGGGAAGGCUGCUGAGCUGGUGACUGCGAACUGUGAGGCUUACGAGGCCCACAUGAGAGACGUCAGAGACUACCUGGAGGAGAGGCUGGAGGCUGAGUUUGGUAAAAAGAGAAUCCAUCUCAAUAACCGGUUUCCAGGGGCCGAGCGGCUGCCGAACACCUGUAACGUCUCCAUCCGGGGACCCCAGCUUCCAGGCCGCCUGGUGCUCGCACAGUGCCGGACGCUGCUGGCCAGCGUAGGGGCCGCAUGCCACUCGGACCUCGGGGACCAGCCGUCGCCCGUGCUGCUGAGCUGCGGCGUCCCCUUCGCGGUGGCCAAGAACGCGCUGCGCCUCAGCGUGGGCCGCAGCACCACCAGGGCCGAGGUGGAGCUCGCCGUGCAGGACCUGAAGCAGGCCGUGGCCCGGCUGGAGGGCCAGGCCUAGUGCCGGGCCGCGCGGCUCGUGGGAGUCCCCCGCCAGCCGUCUGGCGUCUGCUUGUCUCAUCCCGCCGCGGCGUGGCGUGGUGAAGCGUGGGCGUCGGUGCGAGUGCCUUCUCCACGGACUGGGUCUGCCAGGCGCACAGACAGCCCUCCCCACGGCCCCACUGGCCACGGGCGACGGCGGGAGCGACCGGCUGCAGCCACACCGGCGCCCCUCGAGGGAUCCGUGAGCCUCUCCUGAGCGCCCUGCCCGGAAGCGGCGUUUUCAUCUGCAAGAUAAAACCCAGGAACCGAUAAGUCACUGCCACUCGGCCGCCGUCAGGAAACUAGGAAGCUCCCUGCCGCCUCGGUGGGCCCUGCCUCGACCAGGGCAGGACGCACCCUUGGUGGCCGAGCACUUUUGCUGCUGCCGUGUGGGCUACAGGUCACUGGGCACCUCCCCCGCCGAGCCACCGCCUCUCCUGGCUCCCCUUCUGAUCUGCUGCACUGGUGUGGGCGGCCGGUGUCUGUGCCAUCCCCGAGGUGGGAAAUCGGAUCUCCCCACCCAGCUCUCAUCCCCACCGUCUGCAGAAGGACUUUUAUCUUCACACAGCGUCCUGCGGCGAGGGGGAUUUGCAUAGGAGCCACCGUCAGGGCUGAUGGUUCUGACAUAUGACAUAGGAGCGACCAUCAGGGCUGACGGUUCUGACAUGUGACGUAGGAGGGACCGUCAUGGCUGAUGGUUCUGAUGUGUGACAUAGGAGAGAUGAUCAGAGGGCUGACGGUUCUGACAUGUGACAUAGGAGCAACCAUCAAGGCUGACGGUUCUGACAUGUGACAUAGGAGCCACCGUCAUGGCUGACGGUUCUGACAUGUGACAUAGCCACCAUCAGGGCUGACGUUUCUGACAUGUGACAUAGGAGCCACCGUCAUGGCUGAUGGUUCUGACAUAUGACAUAGGAGCAACCAUCAAGGCUGACAGUUCUAACAUGUGACAUAGGAGCCACCGUCAUGGCUGACGGUUCUGACAUGUGACAUAGGAGAGAUCAUCAGAGGGCUGACGGUUCUGACAUGUCACAUAGGAGUGACCAUCAGGGCUGACGGUUCUGACAUGUGACAUAGGAACGACCGUCAGGGCCGAGAGUUCUAAUGCAUACUCUGUAACAGAGCCACGUGCUGUCACCGAGGAACCACCUGUGGGAAAUGGGGCGAGCUAAUAAAUGGUUUCCACACUUGG